GAUAUACAGUCGCAAAGAGAGGCAGACACGCAACUACAAGAGGAAACGCGACGGAGUAGUGGUCGCAAAGUGAGGUCUGAGACGACUCAUCGUCGGUGUGGCGUAUGCGGGAAUACAGGCCACAACGCGAGAACAUGUCAAUUUAUUGAGGAAACAUCCGAAGAACAGGAAUCCGAGUAG